GGGAGCCGCCGGAAAGAGGCUGCGCUGGGCGGCAGGGGCGGGGCCUCGGGGGCCGCGGACGGGGCGGGGCGGGGCCUGGUGGCUGCGCUGCGCCGAGCUGGUGUCCGACCCCGCUGCUUCUCCGCGCGUGGCCCCGCACCUGCUGCCUUUGCCCGACCCGGAGCUCCGCGGCUAUGCGGCUGGCGCUGCUCUGGGCCCUGGGACUCCUGGGUGCGGGCAGCCCUCGGCCCUCCCCGCCGCUCCCAAAUAUAGGAGACACUGAGGAGCAGCAAGCCAAACCAGAAAGGGCCCUGAGUGGAUCCUUGGAGAGGCAGGUCGGUCAGGACAGCCCCCCAGUUAGCUUAACAGGAAUGCUUCAGACUGGUCUGCCUGAGGCCCUGGGGGUCACAGUGGAGCUGGACGGUGAGACGCAUGUCCUGGAGCUUCUACAGAAUAGAGAUCUAGUCCCUGGCCGCCCCACUCUGGUGUGGUACCAGCCUGAUGGCACUCGGGUGGUCACUGAGGGGCACAAUCUGGCAAACUGCUGCUACCGAGGAGGCGUGCAGGGCCGUCCCGGCUCAUGGGUCUCCCUCUGCAGCUGCUCCGGGAUCAGAGGGUUGGUGGUCCUGUCCCCAGAGAGAAGCUAUACACUGGAGCUGGGACCUGGAGACCUUCAGGGUCCUCUCAUUGUUUCUCGGAUCCAAGACCUCCUCCUGCCAGGCCACACCUGUGCCCCAAGUUGGCAUGCGCUUCUGCCCACUCAGGCUGGACAGCGCCGUAUUCAUAGGCUUAAGCGGGAUGUUGUAACAGAGACCAAAAUUGUUGAGCUGGUGAUUGUGGCUGAUAAUUCAGAGGUCAGAAGGUACCCUGACUUCCACCAGCUGCUGAACCGAACGCUAGAAGUGGCCCUGCUGUUAGACACAUUCUUCCAGUCCUUGAAUGUCCGGGUAGCACUUGUGGGCCUGGAGGCCUGGACCCAGCGGGACUUGAUAGAGAUGAGCUCCAACCCAGCUGUCCUGCUAGACAACUUCCUCCACUGGCGCCGGACAGACCUGCUGCCUCGACUGCCCCAUGACAGUGCCCAGCUGGUGACUGGUACUUCCUUCUCUGGGCCCAUGGUGGGCAUGGCCAUUCAGAACUCCAUCUGUUCCCCUGAUUUCUCAGGCGGUGUCAAUAUGGAUCACUCCACAAGCAUCUUAGGAGUUGCCUCCUCGAUUGCCCAUGAGUUGGGCCACAGCCUGGGUCUAGACCAUGAUUCACCUGGGAGCAGUUGUCCCUGUCCAGGUCCAGCCCCAGCCAAGAGCUGCAUCAUGGAGGCCUCCACAGACCUCCUUGCCACUCUUCCCAGUUUCCUACCAGGUUUAAACUUCAGCAACUGCAGCCGACAGGCCCUGGACAAAGCCCUCCUCGAUGGGAUGGGCAGCUGCCUCUUUGAACGGCUGCCUAACCUGGCUCCUAUGUCCCCUUUGUGUGGAAAUAUGUUUGUGGACCCUGGCGAGCAGUGUGACUGUGGCUUCCCAGAUGAGUGCACUGACCCUUGCUGUGACCACUUCACCUGCCAGCUGAGGCCAGGAGCACAGUGUGCAUCUGAUGGACCCUGUUGUCAAGACUGCAAGCUGCAGCCAGCUGACCGGCAGUGCCGCCCUCGCAGAGACGACUGUGAUUUGCCUGAGUUCUGCCCAGGAGAUAGUUCCCAGUGCCCCCCUGACCUCAGACUGGGGGAUGGUGAGCCUUGUGCUAGUGGAGAGGCUGUGUGUAUGCACGGGCGCUGCGCCUCCUAUUCCCAGCAGUGCCGGUCGCUCUGGGGACCUAGGGCCCAGCCUGCCACGCCACUCUGCCUCCAAACAGCCAAUACUCGGGGCGAUGCCUUUGGGAGCUGUGGGCGCAGCCCCAACGGCAGCUACGUGCCCUGCACUCCUAGGGAUGCCAUUUGUGGACAGCUACAGUGCCAGUGGGGCGGGAGCCAGCCUCUGCUGGGCUCGGUCCAAGAUCUGCUCUCGGAGGUCCUGGAAGCCAACGGGGUGCAGCUGAACUGCAGCUGGGCGCACCUGGACCUGGGCAAUGACGUGGCUCAGCCCCUCCUGGCUCUACCUGGCACUGCCUGUGGCCCUGGUCUGGUGUGCAUCAACCAUCGGUGCCAGUCUGUGGAUCUCCUGGGAGCACAGGAAUGUCGAAGCAAAUGCCAUGGCCAUGGGGUCUGUGACAGCAGCAGGAACUGCCACUGUGAGGAGGGCUGGGCACCUCCUGAUUGCACGGCUCCGCUCAAAGCCACCAGCUCCCUGACCACGGGCCUGCUCCUCAGCCUCCUGUUGUUGUUGGUCCUGGUCCUCCUUGGUGCCAGCUACUGGCACCGUGCCCGCCUGCAUCAGCGACUCUGCCAGCUCAAGGGAUCCAGCUGCCAAUAUAGGGCAGCCCAGCCAAAUCCUCCCGAAAGGCCAGGACCUCCACAGAGGGCACAACAGAUGCCAGGCACUAAGCAAGCUAGUGCAAUCAUCUUUCCGGUGCCCCCCUCCAGGCCGCUGCCACCUAACCCUGUGCCCAAGAAACUCCAGGCUGAGCUGGCUGACCGACCCAUUCCCCCCACUCGCCCUCUGCCCGCCGACCCUGUGGUGAGGCACCCAAAGUCUCAGGGGCCCACUAAACCCCCACCCCCAAGAAAGCCACUGCCCGCCAACCCGCAGGGCUGGCACCCAUCAGGUGACCCGCCGGGCCCAGGGGACGGAAGCAUGCAGUUGGUGGUGCCCUCCAGGCCAGCUCCACCACCCCCGACACUACCCUCACUCUACCUCUGACCUCUCUUGAGGUUUGGCUGCCUCCCACCCAGAUUUAAGACUUAAAAGUGAAAUCUCUGCCGGACAGUCCCCCUCCAAAUGCCUAGAGGGGCAGGAGCCAAGAGGACGCAGCGUCCAGCCCUAAGGAACCACCCACCAUCCGGCGCUGUUAACCUUGGGACCCACCAAAAUAGCUGCACCUGGCUGUUGGGGAGGGGCCGUGGCUGGAAAAGGCGGCGGAGGGACGCACACACAUCUGUCUCUGCUUCUUUGUAAUAAAUGUGAGAUCUUGGAAUGUG